UGCUCCCAACCUUCCAUUUUCUCGGCCAAGAUGGCACUUCACACUGACUCUCCAUCUACGUCAGCACCGAUCCAGUCAAAGUCACACGUCCGUCACCCGUCAUCUCGUCUCUCACCAACACAACGACGGCAACAGCGUCGCUCCCAAAAGCCUUUGGCAACAAUCCAUUCCCUCCCAAAGGAUGUCCUUCUCCACACUUUCCACUACCUCCAACCACCGCUUACCCAGAUUGCCCCUUCAUCAAAGUCCCUCCCACUCCCAACUCGUCUUGUCCACGUCAAGUCUGCAACGCGAUGUACCAUAGCAUUACCUAAGAAAGGCACUCGUUCCGUUCCAUGGGAAGUCCACCUCAGUAGUGUGUGCAAGCGCUGGCGAGAAGUGUCCUAUCAACUUCCUCAUGCAUGCAUAUUGGAUUUGGCAGCCUAUCUACCCUCUCAUCGACUUGUGCGGGUCUGUCUUUCAGAAAAGGGGUUAGACCGCGCUUACGACCUCUGGGCAAAUGACAUUGGGCGAAUGGCAGCGGUCAAAGGACUCAAUAUCCAUAUUCCUGGCGUAAGUGCUACUGGGGUAAAAUCAAUCUUGCGGAAGCGUGGGAGAUACGGAUUGGAAUACAUGCAGCUCAUCUUCAGACGGGGUGACUGGUUGGCGACUGGAGACGGCUUUGACGCAGAUAUGUUCCUAAAUGUGUUGCAAGAAGUCGCAGAUUGGUUGGAAUAUGUCAACAAUCAAGAAGCCGACCAUGGGAGUUCACCUUCUUUGGCCGUAAGCGACAUUCCGAUAAGAGGACUCUCAGAGCUUCGUCUUCACUCUUAUGCCACUGUUCGGACAAUGCCGCCGAAUCUCAUCAGUCGACUGGCAAUGCUGUGUGCGGGCCUAAAUAGCAGUAAAAUAACAGAAGCUGCUGAUGACAUGGACAGUCGAUGCGGUGUUCUCCUCAAUUAUGGAACCCAGUGUAUGCGUUGCAUCAAUUGCACGUCUCAUUCUGUGACCCAGAAAAAGGCUGUGACUGGACGAUCACGACCAUUUGAAGCGCUACUGUCAGAUUUCGAGAAUAGGCAUCGGAAAUCUGCAGCCGUUGGAUUGACCACCUUGUCGCUCAGAGGCAUCUAUUCCCCAUACGUGAUCACAGCCCAUGCAGUGGAUGUAUCAUCCCAUCCUGCGCACGUUUUUGCUCGAUACAAUCCAACGAUCAAAGCCCUGCAUCUAGAGACCGGGCCUUGCGACCUUGGUUUCCUGUCAGAGAGUUUGCCGUGGCUAGAGUCUCUGCAGAUAGGCGAUGUCGCUACAGCCCGAGGGAAUCUGAGCGGUUUUAAGGGCUUGGAGUGCUUAGAGUUGGGAAGAGAAGAGGCGCUCCCGUGGGUUCAGAAUGCCGGUGAAGGCGUGACUACCAGCCCAGAUGGGUAUGCGGCCGGUCGUCUUCUGCGAACCUUGUCCCCUUCCACUUGUGCGCGUUUGAAGUCCCUUCACGUCUGUCGUGCACCCCUUGCCGAUGUUAUGCAUAUAUUUGAGUCGGAUGAUAACGACGAUGAUAAUACCCUGCAUUCGGAUAUUAGAUCCUUUCAAUCCAUCUAUGUCACAACAAUUCCUCGUCUAACAGUUGCGAAUCUGGUAGUGAUACUCAAUUCGUCUCCUUUACUUGACAGCCUUCAUGUAUCAAUAGAUGAAAGCGCCUGUAUGAACGUCGAAGUCUUGAAGAGGGCUUUCCCUCCGGCCACCAAUUUGAGGAAAGUCGUGUUCAAGAUGGCCGAUGUGGAUUAUGCUAUGGCAUGUAGGAGGGGCCUGCUCAGGACAUUGGAAUAUGCGAAACCUAGAUGUAGGUUUGAGCUGCAGCAGGAUGUGGUGUGAAUCAUGUUUUUUGGUAUUACAAUAUGCAUUAGCAUCUGCGAUUGGUAGGGUAAGAUUCAGAAAUUCAAUAUAAAAUGUAUUGGGCAGCAGAGAAAUCUAUUAUAUUC